GCUCCCAGGAAGCGAGUCUCCACGUUAUCCCGCAGCGGAGGCCGGAGAGUGGUGGAAUCAGAGAGAGGCGGGGCCGGAGGGGGAAACGCCGGUUGCUAAGGGGAACCGGCGCGUCGCUCGCCGAGAGGCCCCAACCGAGCAUGCGCAGUGUUGACGUGCGCGCCGGCGCGCCGCGGUUUGAAAGGCCCGAGCCUCUCGCGCUUGCGCACUGAGUCCCGUGCCGGGCGCGCUCCCCCAAUCUUCUCCCGGGGCCCCCCCGGAGCUGGAAGCCUUCUUCUCCAUUCUCUGCUCGGUCGGGCGUCCACGGGCGUGGACAUGCCGGAGAUCAGCCUCCGCCACGUCGUGUCCUGCAGCAGCCAGGACUCGACCCAUUGUGCCGAAAACCUCCUCAAGGCCGACACUUACCGGAAGUGGCGGGCAGCCAAGGCAGGAGAGAAGACCAUCUCCGUGGUCCUACAGUUGGAAAAGGAGGAACAGAUACACAGCGUGGACAUUGGGAAUGAUGGCUCGGCCUUUGUGGAGGUGCUAGUGGGCAGCUCGGCUGGAGGGGCCACAGCUGGUGAACAGGACUAUGAGGUCCUUCUCGUCACCUCCUCCUUCAUGUCCCCCUCUGAGAGCCGAAGUGGCUCAAAUCCCAACCGUGUUCGCAUUUUUGGACCUGACAAGUUAGUCCGGGCAGCAGCAGAGAAGCGCUGGGACCGUGUUAAAAUUGUGUGCAGCCAGCCAUACAGCAAGGACUCACCCUAUGGCCUGAGUUUUGUGAGGUUUCAUAGCCCUCCAGACAAAGAAGAGGCAGAGGCUCCAUCUCAGAAGGUGACAGUGACCAAGCUCGGCCAGUUCCGUGUAAAGGAGGAGGAUGACAGCGCCAACUCCCUGAAGCCAGGGGCACUCUUCUUCAGUCGUAUCAACAAGGCGUCUUCAGCCUCUGCAAGUGACCCUGCAGGACCCAGCUACGCAGCAGCUACGCUGCAGGCAGCCUCCAGUGCAGCCUCCUCAGCCUCUCCAGUCCCCAAGGUUGUGGGCAGCUCUUCCAAGCCUCAGGAGUCUCCCAAAGGGAAGAGGAAACUGGACUUGAGUCUAGAAGACAGGAAACCUCCCAGCAAACCCUCAGCAGGACCACCCGCCCCCAAGAGACCCAAAUUGCCUGUUCCUCCUGCUCGUGCCCCGGCUGUAGCUCCAGCCUCUACCCCAGCACAGAGAGCUGUCCCAGCGAAGCCCCGGGAAGAAGGCGCAGGGCCCAGGGGAGCCCGCGCUGGACCCCAGGAGCUGGGCAAGAUCCUGCAGGGGGUGGUAGUGGUGCUCAGUGGCUUCCAGAACCCCUUCCGCUCAGAGCUCCGGGACAAGGCCCUGGAGCUGGGGGCCAAGUAUCGGCCAGACUGGACCCCGGACAGCACACACCUCAUCUGUGCCUUUGCCAACACUCCCAAGUACAGCCAGGUCCUGGGCCUCGGAGGCCGGAUUGUGCGUAAAGAGUGGGUACUGGACUGUCACCGCAUGCGGCGCCGGCUGCCCUCCCGGAGGUACCUCAUGGCAGGCCUUGGAUCUAGCAGUGAGGAGGAGGGGGACUCCCACAGUGAGAGCGGUGAAGACGACCCUCCCAAGCUUCCCCGAAAGCGGCCCCAACCCAAAGCCAAGACCCAGGCAGCAGGACCCAACUCAACCCCGAGGCCACCAACCCCAGAAGAGACCAAAGCACCAUCACCAGGACCACAGGACAGUAGUGACACUGAGGGGGAACAGUCAGAAGGACGGGACAAUGGGGCAGAAGAUUCCGGGGACACCGAGGAUGAACUGAGGAGGGUGGCCAAGCAGAGGGAGCAGAGGCAGCCCCCAGCCCCAGGGGAGAAUGGUGAGGACCCGUAUGCAGGCUCCACAGAUGAGAACACGGACAAUGAGGCUACGUCAGAGGCUGACCUGCCGAUUCCAGAGCUCCCAGACUUCUUUGAGGGCAAACACUUCUUCCUGUAUGGCGAGUUCCCUGGGGAUGAGAGGAGGAAGCUCAUCCGAUAUGUGACAGCUUUCAAUGGGGAGCUUGAGGACUACAUGAGUGAACGGGUCCAGUUUGUCAUCACGGCCCAGGAGUGGGAUCCCAAUUUUGAGGAGGCCCUGAUGGAAAACCCUUCCCUGGCCUUCGUCCGGCCCCGGUGGAUCUACAGUUGUAAUGAGAAGCAGAAGUUACUCCCUCACCAGCUCUACGGGGUGGUGCCCCAGGCCUGAAUAUACACCUGUGUACAUGCACACACGUGCACAUGUAUGCACAGGCUUGAGUCCACACAUGUGCACACAGAUGAGUUUAAUAAAGGAGACUUUGUGUGAA